AUGUCUUAUGUCAAAGUAGGCUGUCUCCUUGCCGGAGCCUAUGGCUCGUACGUUGGUGCCAUGCCCCCGAAACCCUCACGCUCAGUCCCCAGUCAAAAAGAGGACAAGGUCAUUGAGGAGAACGGACCCUAUAAAAUCGAUACUAUCCGUGUUCCCAUGGCCGUCAUCGCCGUCACUACGACUCAGACCGCAUUGUACUUGUACCUGAUAACCUAUGGCCCACGUCUGGCUGCCGCGGCCAACCCUCCCAUGGACAGACAUUUAUUGAGCGCGAUUCUACAGCUGCAAGAGCUUAAACCCUGGCACUUGGUUGCCGCUGGGACGUCGAUCUUUGGGGCCGUCCUUAGAAAGUGGUCCUUCAUUGCAUUGGAUCGCUUCUUUACAUUCCAUUUGUCGAUCCGCUCAGGACACAGACUGAUCGGCACCGGUCCAUAUACGUUCCUCCGUCAUCCAUCCUACAGCGGUGGGAUCAUGUGCGGUGCAGGCGCCUACCUUCUACUCCUUCACCAGGGUCUCUGGGACGUCUCAGUGGCCUAUCUCGGCCAGAGUAAGUGGUUCCCUUUUGAUCUAAACAACUCCCCAUCCUUCCUGGGUAUCCCUGGCGGCAUCUUGAUCACCGGCAUCCUCACCGGCCUCAUGACCCGUGCACUCGUUGAACGUGUCAAGAACGAAGAGAUCAUGCUGAGCAAACAUUUUGGAAAGGAGUGGGAUGUCUACGCAAGCAAGCGCUGGCGCUUUAUUCCGUUUAUCUAUUGA